CCAUACACUGACUUGCCUCAACCAGCCCAUAGUCAUCCAUGCCAGCUUCUUCCUUGCGAUGACCCCCACGCCAAUUCCAUCUCUCCCCUGCCUGAAACUUGGCACUUACUCUGAUCCCAGACGUGUCCGAAGCCUUUGACCUCGUUUCCGCCAGAGAUAUCUCUCCAGGUGCUGCAGCUCGUCUUCAACCCUGCGAGUUGCCACACAGCCGAAGUAGUGACUAGCUAUGCUUCCAGUGUAGUGACUGUCCUUCGAAUUUCGAGUUUCAGAGUCGACUGGGUUCCUUUAUUUUGGGCUGGGCUUCUAAAACGAAAUUACUGAGUUUAAACACUCCCUGGAGCUACGCCUGGACUACACCAGAGGCGCCUGAUCUUCCUCAGGCGAGUCGAUCUCCCCUGUCGAUCCUUCUCCAUGGAUGCCUAGGCAACGCCCUAACAACCUUGACAACUAUGUUUAUCAGUUCCUUUCUGGCUUUUGUUAGUUGACUGCCAUGGCUAGCAAUUCUCAGUUCACUAGUAUGCAGCCACCUCGACCUCCACUAGCUAGUCUUCCUCAAAGUGCUCAUACACCUAUGCCAAUGCCGCUACAGUUCCGACCACCCAUGGUUCCACCACAGCCAUUCAUUCCUGGCCCUUCUCAACAAUUUCAGCCUCUAGGGCAUACAAGUGUUAUGAUGCCUCCUCCUCCACAAAACCAGUUUCCUCAACUGAUGCAGCAGAUACCUGUUAGACCUGUUGCAGGAGUGCACAUUGUUCCUUCAGCACAGGUUACUCCACCACCAGACUUUGCAAACAGGCCCGUCACUCCUGUUGCCGCACCACCUCAACAGAGCUUUCAGAUAUCAAAUAACUAUGUUCCCUGUCCUAGCGGCUCAAGUUUUCCAGCUUCAUCUUCUUACAAGGAUUCAGAGUCUUCUGCAACUCUACACCAGUCCCAAACAAGCGAAUCUGGUUUUUCCGCCGGAGGGCAGCCAUGGGUGUUGUCUGGGAACCCUAACAUCAAAUCCACAAACACGCCCUUGCAGCUGACGAGUGAAUUUGUGCCAAAAGCGGGAGAAGAAUGUAAUGCUGCUAUUUCGGAAGCAAAUCCUACGCUUGGAUCAGCUGAUAAGAUUCCAUCAGAUUGGAUAGAGCAUACUGCCCGCACUGGCAAAAAAUAUUAUUACAACAUGAGGACAAAGAUAUCUAGCUGGGAGAAACCUGUUGAGUUGAUGACUGAAAUCGAGAAGGCUGAUGCUUCCACUGACUGGAGAGAAUGCACUAGUCCUGAUGGAAGAAAGUAUUAUUACAACAAGGUUACUAAGGUGUCAAAGUGGGCAAUGCCUGAUGAAGUCAAGUUGGCACGUGAGAAGCUUAAUCUGGAGACAAUCAAGGCAUUAGAACAAGAAAAGAGUGGUGUCUCUCACACUCUUGAUGCAACAUCGUCUACUAGUGCGAAAGCAUAUUCUCCAAGUGCAGUGUGUUUAUCGGCCUUACCUCAAGGGACAGGGGCAAGCCCAAUAUCAGCGGCACCAGCUGUCACUUCAGAAAUGUUAGGCCGAUCUGAUAAUGCAUCUAACACUCCAGCUGAGUCUGUUGUCUUGCAAACUCCUUCCAAAGCUGCCUCACCAGCUGUUGCCGCUAAGUCAGAUGGGCAUGGAGUGUCGGCCACAACCGCAGACUCUGUCGCAAUUCAGAUGACUCCUGGAAUUUCACCGGUUCAUGAUGCUGCAGCUGAUACAAAUGGAGGUUCUCCAGGAAAGAUACAGGACGCUGAAAAAGGUGCUGGAGUUUCUGAAAAGGGAAGUGCUGUUUUGUCAGAUGAGAAAAUGACUGAGCCAUUACCUUCAGCUUACGCGGGCAAACAGGACGCAAAGAAUGCAUUUAAAGCACUUCUUGAUUCUGCUGGUGUUGGACCUGACUGGAAUUGGGAUCAGGCCAUGAGAGCAAUAAUUAAUGAUAGAAGAUAUGGGGCUCUAAAAACACUUUCUGAGCGAAAGCAGGUUUUUAACGAGUACGUGGGACAAAAGAAAAAACUUGAAGCAGAGGAGAGGCGUGCCAGACAGAAGAAAAGUAGAGAAGAUUUCAAAACAAUGUUAGAGGAGUGCCAAGAGAUUACAUCUUCCAUCCGAUGGAGUAGAGCAAUAUCUAUCCUUGAAAAUGAUGAGCGCUAUCAAGCUGUUGAACGGUCAAAGGACCGUGAGGACCUUUUUCAAGAUUACAUACAAGAACUUGAGAAAAAGGAAAGAGCAAAGGCAUUGGAGGAGAACAAGCGGUAUAGAAUGGAGUACUUGGAAUUUUUGAAAUCUUGCGACUUCAUUAAGGCAAGCAGCCAAUGGCGGAGGGUUCAAGACCGCUUAGAGGAUGACGAAAGGUGCUCACGCCUGGAGAAGAUUGACCGUUUGGAAAUUUUUCAGGAGUAUAUUCGUGACUUAGAAAGGGAAGAAGAGGAGCAAAGAAGGCUGCGUAUGGAGGAGUUGAGGAAAACAGAACGUAAAAACCGUGAUGAAUUCCGCAAGCUUAUGGAAGAGCAUGUUUCUGAAGGUGUUCUCACAGCCAGAACUCACUGGCGCGACUAUUGCAUGAAGGUUAAAGAUUCACCUGCAUUUUUAGCUGUUUCAUCCAACACAUCGGGUUCGACAGCAAAAGAUUUGUAUGAAGAUGUUGUAGAGGAGCUGGAAAAACAGUUUGUUGAAGAUAAGGCUCGUAUAAGAGAUGCAGUUAAAGUGCAUGAGGUUGGUCUGACAACAAGUUGGACAUUUGAAGACUUCAAGGCUGCCCUUUCAGAAGAUAUUAUUUCACCGCCCAUAUCGGAUACUAAUUUGAAGUUUGUUUUUGAAGAGUUGGUGGAAAGGGCCAGAGAAAAAGAAGAAAAAGAAGCUAAAAGACGUAAACGUCUUGCAGAUGAUUUCUACGAGCUUUUAUGUGAUUCUAAGGAAAUUACUGCAUCUUCAAGAUGGGAGGACUGCAAACCUUUACUUGAUGACAGGAAGAUGAGUGAAGAGGGGUUUUUGCUGGAAGUAUUUGAUAAGUUUGUUGCUGGGCUAAAAGAAAAGGCAAAAGAGAAGGAACGAAGACGACGGGAAGAGAAGGCCAGAAAGGAAAAAAAGGAAAAGGAAAGAAAAGACAGAGAGAAGGAAAAACAUGGAAGGGUUAAAGACAGAGGAGAUGAAAGCAGGAGUGGGAAAGAGAGGAGUAGGAAGGAGAGUACAGACAGUGGGGGUGAUAAGACUGAACCAUAUAGUAUUGAAGACAACAGAAAAACAGAAAGUGAGAGAGACAAGAAACACAGGAAGCGGCGGCAUUCUAGUCCCAUUGAUGAGGAUGAAAAUGAGAAGAGUCGGUCAAGGAGUUCCCGACAACAUAGUAGUAGUGACCACAAGAAGUCAAAACAGCAUGUAUGGGCAGCAUCUGAAACAAAACCUGAUGGCCACCACAGGAAACACAAGAGAGAUAGGAGGAGUAGCUCUCAUCAUAAAAGUGGCGAUUAUGAAGACGAUGGGGAUGGCGAAGCCCGGUAGAUUCUUUCAUUUGUUGCUUCCCGACUUGUGUACAUUUGUUUUACCCCCCUCCCGAAAAUUCAUUGACUUAGUGUAAAGUAUUUAUGCAUACAUUCAGAGUAGGGGAAGAAGUGAUGUAGGCAACAACAGACUAGGAAUUAUUUGUUAUUCAGGCCUACUUGUAAUAAUAAUAUAUUAAACGAGAGGAAUGUGAAAUAGAUUCUUUGGAGGAUGUAUUUUUCAAUGAGUUUUG